CAGUGUUUUGAUUGGAGCUCUGGCGGGAUUUUGGCUCCAUCUCAGUUUAUUCUGCUUUAAUCUGAGCAGCUGGACGCUACGUCACUGCCCCCCCCCCCUCCCGCUCCUCCUCCUGCUGCUCCUCCUCCUCCCCACUCGCGUCCAUCCUUCAAAGAGGAGCUGCAGGCCGCGGAGGGAAGGACACGCGGAGGAAGGAGGCCGGCAUCCAUUGUUGUUCUGACUGUUUGUUUCUAUUUAUCGCUUCAGGCGGCACCGCUGCUUUCAUCUUGCUUUGAAGGAGCCGCUUCGACGGUGAAAAAGGGCUUUGCAGUGUUAGAGCGGCAGUUCUAACGCUGAUCCACCAACCUGCGGCGGGGAUGAAGCCGGAUGGAGCCACUAUGGAGACCUCAGAGCCUGACCAGGCUGCAGCAGCGCAUCGCCCCCCUCAGGAAGCCGCCACAGAGGAAGGUCAGCCUGCACCUGCAGCCGCUCAGAAGGCCAACGGGAAGCCUGUGGCUGUAGAGCCCAAAGCCCGACUGAAGGCAGGCGGGAGCAAAGUCCAACCAUCUUCCACUGGUGUUGCUGGAUCCGGCUCUCGACCAGGAACCGCUUCGCACCGAGCAGAGAAGGACGCUAAACCUUCUGCAGGCAGGAAAGCAGCAGGAAGUGCAUCUGCUGCAGGAGCUGCUCCUAACAGGGCAGCAGGAGCCAAGAACCAAAGCAGAGUUCUGGACAGGAGGCCCGUCGGACCCGUCAAGACGUCCUCCUUAGCUGAUGCAGCAGCAUCCAAUGGCACCAAACCCAGAGGGCCCAACGGCGCCGCAAAGAGGGCCCCUGCUCAGGCUGCCAAUGGAGCAAAACCAAAAACCACUGCUCCUAAAUCCAACAACUCAAACUCAACCAAACCUGCAGCUCCAGCAGCAUCCAAGACGACGACGACGACGACAACAAGGCCUGCUGCAGGUUCCUUAACAUCCAGACCUGCAUCCACCGUACCAAAACCUGCUGCUGCAGCAAAGCCUUCCAUCCCUGCAACUGCUAAAGUUUCCAGAGCCGCUGCACCGCCGCCUGCUGGUCGGACUGCAGCAGUGCAGCCCAGUAAAAACACUCCUGCUGCAAAGAAAGAUGUAAGUCGACCGCUUCCUGCUGCCAGGAAACCCGUCGCUGCCGCUGCAGCCGGACUUCCUUCCUCCAAAAAGAUUGAAUCCUCCAGAUCAGCGAAUGCAGCAAAACCAAACUCUGCACCUAAAGCAGCGACGGUGACCAAGGCUGCAGCCCCCAAAGUUCAGCCGCCAGCCAAACCAGCGCCAACAAAGAAGCCUCCGGCCGCCGCUCGCCUUCCGCUGGCGAGCAGAGCGCCAGGCCGGACGCCGCCCGCUUCUCCUGCAGGCAGACCUGCUGGCGCCUCCAAACCUGCGACUCCUGCCACCAAACGUGGAGCCAGACCCCCUCAGACGGGCUCGCCCUUCACAAAGAAGACGUCAGACCCCCCGGUGCCUGAAGCCCCGCCCCAAAGGACGGCGGCUUUGGUGCUGGCGGCAGAGCCGGCAGCUCCGACCGAGAAGCCAGAAUCGGCCGCUGUGGAGGAGGUUCAGACUCGGGGUGACGGGGAACCAGAGGAGGUCGCUCAGCGUGAGGAAGCAGCCCCCCCGCAUCCCCUUACCCCCCCUCCUCAACAGGAGCAGACGACAGUGGCCCCCUCUGGUGCCCCGCCCAAGGGGCCGGGGUCCCCAGAUCAGACCCCCGCCCCGCCUGCGGCGAGCUUCGCCCCUAAGGCGGCGCCGCUGAAUCUAAACGAGGAAGAGGAGGAGGAGGAGGAGAGGGAGGGCAGCCAGCUGGUGUCGGUGUCGGAAAUGAGCGGAACCACGCAGCCCACCGAGGAGUCCCGUCCUGGGUCAGGGGGGGCGGUCGGCGGCGCUGCCUGGAAAGCCGGAGGCGUCUGGUUGUCAGAGCUGGACUCGGAGGAGGUGAGCGGCAGCCAGCAGGGGGCGUCGGAGCUGAGCGCCCCCGGCGUCCUGGAGGGAACGGAGAGCACGGACGAGCUGGGCGACGGCAGCCUGAAGGGAGCCAUGGACAUGGAGGGGGCCUCGGCGGGGUCCCCCGACUUCGAGAAGGUCCCCGACAUCCCAGCGAACGAGGACGACGACAGCGACCGCGUCUGUGAUAUGGAGGUGGGCUCGGAGCGCACGGAUGAGCCGCGUGGACCCCGCCACGACAACGACGUGGACGAAGAGGACGACGAAGACGUGGAGAUGGCGAGUGAAGGCGUGACGGAGAGCGGACUGGAAAGCUACGGGAACGCGGACGAAGACGACUUUGCCGACGAUGAGAGGCUGGAUAAUCUGAACAGGGUGGUCCAGCCGCCGCCGCUGCCGCUGCCCUCCGCCCCGGCGGCCCAGUGGGACCAGCAGAACCCGCCAGACUGUCGGUGGGCGGGACCCUCGCAGUCAUGCCUUCCUCAGGGUCCAGAAGGAGAACCGGAGGCUCAGGCCUGGCCAGGGGGCGGAGCUUCAGCCUCUGCUCCUGAAGGACAGGACGUCCCACACCCCCCCCAGACUGCUGAUCCCCGGGGCCCCGCUGCGGCCCCAGGGCCGUCUCCGUCCAGUGAGGCGAGCACGCCUGAGGAACGCCACCAGGAGAGGAAGCUUUCCUCUCCGGCGUUUGAGGCGCCUCCUCAUUCCUCCCAGGAAGUCCAAACGGAGAGGGAGGAGGAGGAGGCGGAGCCAGAGACCCUACCCGCUGAUGAAGUCCUGGGGGGCCCCUCAACGGCCCCUACCUCCAACCCCUCCUCAUCCUCAGUCACAGAAGAUGAAGCCAGCGACACGGAAGGAGAAGCGCAGCUGGAGGCGUCUUCUGCAAUCUGUAACCUGACCUUUGACCCCAUCCCUCCCCCCCAGCGCUGUCUCUCCACGGUGGAGGAGGAGGCGGAGCGGGCCCCCGGCGACGAAGCCGCUUUGCCGGCGUCCUUCAUCUUCGACUCCAACACCACGCCGUCCACCAAGAGCCCCGGCAUCUUCUCCCUGGAGGAGCUCCCGCUGGAGGCCAACAAGGAGCCGUACAUGGAGGCUGGGCGGCAGGAGGCGGAGCCAGCCAAAGAGGCGGGGGCCAGAACGGCGUGGAUCCAAAGAACCCUUGGAGGAGACGACGGACGUCCAGCCUCAGUACUACGCUAUCUGUGAAAAGACUGACGACUCUUUUCCAGGCUCGUCCUCGAUGCCUCAGCGCCGCGACCACUCCUCCUACCCCAGAACCUUCUGUGACAUCAUCAAACCCGCCGCCGCUCCGCCCAGGCUGAGCUGCGCCGACCUCCCCCCGCGGAGCGCCGGGCAGCAGGCGC